UGGCAACUGACAAGUGCCGCCUUAUACAUACCCGCUUCCACGUCUUUCUGAUUGCUCCAACACACCCUGCCGCUCCCUCUACUGUGUUUCGUUGCAGCUUGCUUUUCCCGCCAUCUGCGCCUGGCCUCAUUUUCAAAUCAAGCCUCACUUUCGAACUCGAGGCCAUGAAUCUGGCUGGAAACACGACUGAAACCGUCGAGUCUUCGAUUGCGCUGCCAUCGCACUGACAUCCCCGGCUGCGACAUCACCAGCCAGCCCUUCUUUCCCGACAUCUACGCUCCUCCAGGACACCAACCCGCGAAUGACGGACAACAUCGCAGAGGACGACGAGGGCCCCAGCACUCGCAGCCCGCGACCAAACCCUGAAAACCGCAACUCCACCGGCCGAGUGCAGACGACCACGGGCCCCGUAGGAGAGCCUGGGCUCCCACCGUCCCGACCCUCAUCAAUCGCGACCGCCCAGUCCGGAAAUCAGAGAAGAUGGUCGCAAGCACCACCUUCGCGCCGUGGAGCAGGCACACAGGGACCGGGACAAGGAAGCAUGGGGAGUGUUGGCGGUGUUAGUCGUCCUACCACGGCGGCGAGCAGGACUCAUGUCCCCUCUAUUCAGUCCCACGCGUUCUUCCGCCCGAUGAGCUCUCAGCGGCUGCAAGCGCAACGUGGACAGAGGCCAGCCUCUAUCCUGGGCCCUACGUCUGCGUACACCGAGGGAACUAGCGACGCUGGUAGCAGUCCGUAUCGACAGAGCGCAGGUUCAAAUCCGACUAUCAAAGGAGCAGCACCACUAGGACUACACCACGAUCUUGACGGGCCACCGCCACCUUCCCGGGGCACUGACUUCACCGAUAUUCCAGACAGAACUACUGCAAACACCACACCAACCGGCGCGGAAACUGUGAGAAGUCGCGGAGAAAGCAUCACACCAUUACAACGACCGACCCGACCGACGCACCUAGACCUGUCAAACGCUCACAAGAAUGGCUCCGGCAAGCUACCAACUCCGACGAAGUCACCGCGGUCAUUCCGCUCAAGCUUCAUGCUACCAAGUCGCGGCGGCGGGUCUACCCAGAUACGUCAAGGGCACGAGAAGCUGGCGUCUGUGGAGUCAUCACCCAGAUUGGAGCGAAAGGAGACCACUAAAGAUGUAGUCAGGAAGGAAUUGGGAAAAAACUACCAGUACUUUUCCGGGAACACAGUCUUCUGUUGGGGGGGUAGGUUCCAGAACACACGGGAUCGGCCCGUGAACAUUGCGACCGGACUCAUGGUUGUGAUUCCAGCAGCAUUAUUUUUCGCCUUUUCGGCGCCGUGGCUUUGGCAUCACGUUUCACCAGCGAUACCCAUUGUUUUUGCUUACAUUUUCUUGAUAUGCAUGUCGUCAUUUCUUCAUGCAUCACUCACUGAUCCCGGAAUUCUCCCGAGGCAUUUGCAUCCAUUUCCACCACCUAAUCCUAAUGACGAUCCUUUGAAUCUUGGCCCGUCCACCACUGAGUGGAUAAUGGUCGUGUCCGCAACAUCACCCAAUGCUGCGAUGGAGGUACCAACGAAGUACUGCAAGAGCUGCAACAUUUGGCGCCCGCCGCGCGCUCAUCAUUGCCGUGUGUGUGACAACUGUGUCGAGACGCAGGACCAUCACUGUGUUUGGCUCAACAACUGUGUUGGACGUCGCAACUACCGCUAUUUCUUCGUCUUCGUCUGUUCUGGCGCUUUGAUCGGCAUCUUCCUCUUCGGGGCUACUUUGGCUCACCUACUUGUCUGGAAAUCCCAAGAAGGCAAGACUUUCGGGGAAGCUAUAGACAAGUGGCGCGUUCCUUUUGCGAUGUUUAUAUAUGCCAUUAUCGUCACGCCGUAUCCGCUGAGCUUGUGGGGUUACCACCUGUUUCUGAUGGCACGAGGAGAGACUACCCGGGAGUAUCUUAAUUCUCACAAGUUCUUGAAGAAGGACCGACACAGGCCAUUCACGCAAGGGAACUUCUGGAAGAACUGGCUUGUUGUGCUGCUCCGGCCUCGACCUCCGACCUACUUGCACUUCAAGAAAGAGUACGAAGAGGGCGACCAGAGGUUCGGGCCACGGAGAAGUAAGAGGACAGCUCCGUUGGCUCAAGAGCAGCAGGGAGGGGGCGUGGAGAUGCAGGACGUGAGCAGCACAGUGCCCAGUUUCCAAGGUCCCGGUGCGAUGUCUCCCAUGAACAGAACGCCACGGAGUACUGUCCUGGCCGAGGGCUGAUGCGGAGUGUCUAUCCAACUUUUCUUCACGAAGCUCUGUUAUACCCUCCACGCAAGCGUUUUUCCUUUGUCUGUAAAGCUGCCAGCCCGAGAGCAGGCGGCACCAUCUUCGUGUAGUAUAAGUGACGGGCUGGCGCUGUAGCGAGCGAGCUGGCGGAGGUGGUUGAGCGGUAUAUAUCAAGACUAGGUUGCUGCGAGGCGACGCCGCAUACUAUACAACUAAUUAAUCACCCUUCACGCGCG